AUGCCAGCUUCUCUCAGGAAACUGCAGCAAAUGGCUGUUUUCAUGGGACUGUUCAGCGGCGGGGGAUGCAUCGUGAUGUAUAAUCUUAUGCAAAAAAGCUUUGCCAGGACCCAGUACUACCAGCAGGCUUUAGAGCAACUGAACAGCAGCCUUGAUGCCCUGGAAGCCCUGGGUGCCCCCCCUCUUAAGGUUCACAACAUCCGCCUGACGGAUGGGAGUAAUCGUGUGGACACAGAAAGAGCACAGAUAAAGUUGCCCGUAUCUGGAACAAAAUCAGCGGGGUACCUCUACAUCAACUCAGAGAUGGACCACUCCCACCAACGCUGGUGCCUUCGCGAUGUCACCUUGAAACUGCAGGAUGGUCAGAAUAUUCCUGUUUACCACUCCUCAGUGGAAGGCACGGGUGUGCAAGAAGACUAA